GAUAGUUUAGACAAAAUGUUCACCACGUUAAGACGUCACUUCAUGGUAGUCCUAUUGCUAUCCUGCGUUAGUGGAACCAAGUCCAAACCAUUCAAAGUGUACUGGAAUAUUCCAACGUAUUUGUGCAAAAAAUAUGCGGUAGAUUUCACCGACGUGACGUCCAACUACGGAAUCAUCCAAAAUGAAAAUGACGCGUUUAGAGGCGAAAAGAUCGCGAUCCUAUACGAACCCGGGCACUUUCCAGCACUUGUUAAUAAAAGUGAUGGGAUGGAAGUACAUUACGGUGGUGUUCCCCAGAAAGGGAAUGUUGACGAUCACUUGAAGGCAUUCGAGGAAGUUUUGAACACACAAGUUCAAAAGGGCUUUUCCGGUAUUGGCGUGAUUGAUUUUGAGAUGUGGCGUCCAAUCUAUCGGCACAACUUUGGAUUGCUAAAGGUGUACAAGAACUUUUCCGAGGAACUUGUGAAGAAAGAUCAUCCGAAUUACAGCAGCAAGGAGUUGGAGAAAGAGGCUGCGAAGCAGUACGAACCCGCUGCUAGGGAGUUUAUGAGCAGGACACUUGCGAAAGCGAAACAACUUAGACCAGGUGCUUCUUGGGGAUAUUACGCCUUUCCGUAUUGUUUUAAUAUAAAUGGAGCUAAAGAUGGAAAGGAAGAUUGUGCGCAGCAGAUUCAGGAUGAGAACGAUCAACUCCAGAGUUGGUUGUUCGAUCAGGUGAAGAUCAUAUUUCCAGCAGUUUACUUGCAAACUAAUUUGGAUCUUGAGAAUCGUACGAAAUUGGUCAGUGGUCGAGUAAAGGAAGCAGUUCGGGUAGCUAAGCUAACCAAGGCUUAUCCGUUGCCGAAGGUAUUGACUUACAUGCGUUUUGUCUACACGGAUGAUAUUUCGAAGUUAUUGGAGGAAGCAGAUUGGCCCAAAAUACUGCCAGCAAUGAAGGAUAACGGAUCCGAUGGGGUUAUUCUGUGGGGAAGCUCUGAAGACGUCAAUACUAAGGACAAAUGUGAAAGAUUUAAAAAAUAUAUUGAUGACACAUUAGGACCGAUCCUAAAAUCUAUUCAGGAAAAAUCAUCUCUCUAAUAAAAUAUAACCAUAACUGAAAUCUACAGGUCCUCUACAAACAAGAAGGUUCACCUACUUAUCCCAAACUCCACCAUCAACCACCCAGAUCGACUGAACUCCGGUCAUUAAAUCACGUGCCCAAAGAAACCAAUGGCAACCAACCAACCUUCCAAGUGCUCAACCGAUUAAUUGCCACUUACGCAUAUAGACCAGGGAAUGCCCCCACGAAGCAGUGCUGCCAGCCAAAACUUAUCGAGUCUAUAAAUAAUCACUUCCCCCUUCUUCAACCCGCCUAGAACCCAUUUCUCACCCAGUUUCCGAUGGUCGGCACUAUAAAUAGAACUUCUAGCCGUGGUAAGA